UUUCGAGGUUGUUUGCCAUCCACAACUGCACAAAAGAGGCUCAAUUGCACUUCUUUUACUGUACUAUCGAUCAACUAACAAAGUACAAGCAUGGCAGGAUAGCCAGAAUCACACGUAAUUGCGCCAUCAAUCGAAGAUGCAGUGCUACAGCGAGGUAGUGCCUCCCACGGCAGUAUCGCAUUCGGUAUCACUGCCUUUCCUCCACCCCAAAGCGAACAACCUUGUCGUCGCGAAGACGUCGCUUUUGCAGGUCUUUGAGAUAAAGUCCAUAUCUACCGAGGUUAGUUCCAAUGGGGUAGAAAACGGCGACAGUCUUGGGCAGGAUCAUGCGGACGAUGUUGUUGAUCUCGAACUUCAUCGCAUGGAAGACACGGCGAAAUUGUCGCUCCUUUGCGAGUACCAUCUGGCAGGGACAGUAACGGCAUUAAAACGGGUCAAGAUACUGAACACAAAAUCUGGAGGCGAAGCACUACUCGUAGCCUUUAGAGACGCGAAGCUCAGCUUAGUAGAAUGGGAUCCAGAGUCGUACAAGAUCUCUACUAUAUCGGUACAUUACUAUGAAGGCGAAGGCUUACAAUCAUGUCCCUGGUCACCGGAUCUGGCCACCUGCCAGAAUUUUUUGACGGUCGAUCCAUGCAGCAGGUGCGCGGCGCUCAAAUUUGGCCAAAGGCAGCUAGCUAUUCUCCCCUUUCGCCAGCUCGUUGACGACUUUGCUGAAGACUACGAUCCCGAAUUCGACGAGCCGGUCGAGAAGCCGAAAACAAAUUUUGAGAAAAAAGACGGUGAAGCAUCAGCUGUCAGCGAAACUCCUUACAAGUCGUCUUUUGUCCUGUCGCUGACAGCCUUGGAUCCAUCCUUAACGCACCCAGUACACCUUGCUUUCCUCCAUGGCUUUCGCGACCCUACUUUUGGUAUUCUAUAUUCUUCGCGGUCAGCAUCUUUGGCAUUGUUGAAUGAGCGGAGAGAUAUACUCAGCUACACAGUCUUUAAUCUGGACCUUGAACAACGUGCAUCAACUUCCAUUCUGUCCGUGAAUGGCCUUCCUAACGAUCUUUUCGAAGUCAUUGCCUUACCAUCGCCUGUUGGGGGAGCGCUCCUGGUUGGCAAUAACGAGCUGGUGCAUAUUGACCAGGACGGCAAGGUCAACGCUCUCGCCGUAAACGAAUUUGCUAGAGUCGUGUCGAAGUUCGCAAUGGUUGAUGGAUCAAAUCUAAGUCUUCGACUAGAGCAUUGUACCGUGCAACAGAUAGGCGAAACAGGUGACCUGCUAAUGAUACUGAACUCCGGCGAUCUGGCGAUCGUGUCUUUCGACUUAGAAGGUCGAUCUGUUUCCGGUAUUCAGGUCCACAAGGUCUCGUCCGAUCGUGGUGGUUCCCUGCUUCCUGCUGGGGUGACAUGUGCAUCACCAUUAUCGAGGUCACGAAUGUUCCUUGGGAGCCAAGAUAGCGACGCUGUGGUCAUGGGCUGGUCAAGUGUGCAGAAGCAGCCAACGUUAACUCGAAAACGGUCACAUGCGGAAAUGCUUGGCGAAGAUCAAGACAUGGAUAUUGAUGAUGCCUACGUCGAUGACGAGGAUGAGGAUGAUAUCUACGGUGCCGAUGACUCUGCGAAGCAGCAUCGUCGCGGCUCCAUUCAAGGCAAUGUCAAUCCCGCUGACUUGACCUUUAGAAUACAUGAUAAGCUCCCUAAUUAUGCCCCCAUAGGACCCAUGACUCUCGGUCUACCGCCGAAAUACAGUAAGACUAUGCGAAAACCUGCUUCUUACGUGGAAAUGGUCUACCCGUGCGGGCGCUCUUCUGCUGGGGGUUUGGCGAUUCUCAAUCGCGAGAUCGAUGCAGUCGUGCUUUCGAAACCAGACCUCCCAAGAACCAAAUCUUUCUGGGCCGUAAGACCUCUUUAUGAUCUCACUGCUAGUGCAGAAUUUCACGAGUACGUGGUUGCCGUGCAGACAUCUGAAGACGGUGAUGAUCGCUCUGUUCUCUACAAAAUCACACCAUCUGGCCUUGAGAAGUGUGAGAAGGACGAAUUUGAGCCUGAAGCUGGCGCUACCGUCGAGAUGGGCACACUUGCAGGUGGCAAGAAGAUCUUACAGGUGCUCAGGGAUCAAGUUAAGGUGUACGACGAAAAUUUCAAUCUCGAACAAAUCAUUCCAGCCUCGGGAGAGGCUAUAGACGUUGAGCUGGAAUUUAUUGGUGCGUCUUUUUGUGAUCCAUAUGUGUCGUUACUACGUAACGACUCUAGCAUCACCGUUCUACAGUCGACAAGUACGGAGCUCGAAGAGUUGGAACGGAAAGAUGCCAUUCUUGCUGCUGAAUGGCUGUCGGCAAGCGUGUACCGGCCACCAGGAAGUGAUAAGCCACUACUUUUUGCCCUUACUUCGGAAUGUGCAUUGCGCAUUUUUGAGCUGCCCGAUUUAAGCACAGCUGCAUGCUCGUUCGAAGGUUUUGGAUUUCUACCGCCUACACUAUCAUCGGACUUCGUUCAAAGGCGUACAGCAGGCAAGGAGGCGCUUACUGAGAUCAUUGUUGCAGAUAUCGGUGAUGAAAUAUCAAAGUCAACCUAUUUAGUUGCUCGGACCAAGAAUGAUGACUUGGUCCUCUACGCGCCAUUCAAGCAUCCACACGAUUCGCAAAUGCAAACUUCUUUCACGUCACAUUUGCGAUGGCGGAAAGUUUUACAGCCAAAUUUGGCGAAAUAUACAGAGGAACCAGAUACCGAAAAGGCGACAUCAGAACGUGAGACGAUGCUGCGACGACUGGAAAAUGUUGGCGGUUAUAGUACUGUAUUCCAGACGGGUGCAUCGCCGUGCUUUGUGCUCAAGGAAGCGUCUAGUUCACCACGAGUUGUGCCAUUUCGAGAGAAAGCUGUUAAAAGCUUGAGUCGUUUUCAUACGGCCGACUGCGACCAUGGAUUCGCCUAUGUUGAUGCUGAUGGUACUAUUCGAAUCUCGCAAUUACCAUCCUCCUGCCGUUAUGGUGACACGGGCUGGGUGACAAGGAAGAUCGAGCUGAGGGAGGAAAUUCAAAGGAUAUCAUACUUUGCACCGAAGCAAUUGUACUGUGUGGCUAGCACAGAGAAAGUGAUGUUCAAGCUGCCAGAGGACGACUAUCACUAUGAGUGGGCAAAGGAAGACACUGCAUUUCUGCCCACUGUUGACCAAGCAGCGAUCAAAUUGUACUACCCGAACAAUUGGUCUGUUAUUGACAUGUAUCAGCUCGAGCCCGCCGAAGUCGUGUUGGCAAUGAGGAUCAUAGAUCUCGAAGUGUCAGAGCACACACAUGCUCGAAAAUCGCUGCUUUGCGUUGGCACUGCAAUCAUCCAUGGCGAAGACUUGGCGACGAAAGGCAACGUGUAUAUCUUUGAGAUCAACACUGUAGUUCCGGAGCCAGAAAGGCCUGAAACCGGUUCAAAAUUCAAGCUCAUUGUGAAAGAAGAAGUGAGAGGCGCGGUAACUGCCAUUACAGAGAUUGGUGAUGAAGGCUUUUUGCUUCAUGCGCAAGGUCAAAAGGCAAUGGUCCGAGGCCUGAAGGAAGACAACACCUUGCUCCCGGUUGCAUUUAUGGAUAUGCAAACAUAUGUCACAGUCGCAAAAUCCCUGAAAGGCACUGGAAUGGCUCUCAUGGGAGACAUAUUGAAGGGACUGUGGUUUGUUGGAUAUACUCAAGAACCAUAUCGUAUAACUCUAUUUGGCAAAUCCAAGCAACGAAUUGAAGUUGUCGAUGCGGACUUCCUGCCGUUCGAGAAACACCUCUACUUUAUUGUUGCUGAUGGGGAUGAGAAUAUUCAAGUCUUAGAAUAUGACAACGAAGAUCCAAGAUCUCUCGGUGGCCAACGACUUGUCAACAAAGCCGCGUUUCACACGGGACACUUCCCAGUCUCUCUGCACCUUCUUCCCUCCAGCCUUAGAACCGAAUCGCAGCAAUCGAUCAGCAAUGGCGAUAUGAAUGGCCGUACAGAACCAACAAGCCGACUGAAUCAAGUUCUCCUUCUGACGCAAACUGGCGCUGUAGCACUCAUCAGUCCGAUAGACGAGCAGACCUAUCGCCGCCUGGGAGCGCUCCAUACAUAUCUUGUAAACCAGAUAGACCUUGCGUGUGGCCUGAACCCAAGAGCGUAUAGGGCAGUUGAAGGGGCCCUGCGAGGACUUAUUGAUGGCAGUCUAUUGAGGAGAUGGACUGAGCUUCCAAGCUCUCGGCAGCAGGAAGCAUGCGCAAAGAUAGGUGUCGAAGAAUGGGUUUUGAGGAACGAUCUUGAGACUAUUGGAGGUGCUGGAUUAGGCUAUCUGUGAGAAUUGCUAGUGCUUUGAAUAUCCUAAUCCACAACGACCUCUUGUCAUCGAGACCAGUUAAUUGUAGGAAAGUUUGAGGUGUAGAAGCCCACGAUGUCUUCAACCACAUUCAAUAUGAGCUAUUUGUGCUCUCUUCAUCCG